AGUCAUCUGAUACAACAAAACAUUCCACUGAUAGCCAAUCCGCGAUGCAGCCCAGGGACUGGCAAGAAAGGCCAUAACAGCUACUGGCAAAAUAUUGACAGUUUCUCCGAAACUCGGGCUUAGUUUUUUUGUGACCUUGGCUGAGUAACACCAGUAAGGAUCGGAAAUCCUUAGCGCCGAGCUAGGGUGUAGUGAAGUCGGGGAGAGGAAGAGGCGACCGUCCGGACAGGAGAAAAACAAAGAUGGCUGUGUAGUUAGAGAGUAGUCCCAGCGAACUGUCUGAACAUAUCUCUGCUUUUUCCAAAACUGACACUUCCCGGGGGCCGGUGGAUAGUGAGCUGGUACAGGGGUAAAGCCAUUAACCGAUCAGCCGAACCGGGCAGUUGCUGAACGUCCGCUCACGCGCUGGCACGGCAAAUAAAAUAAUGGUCAACACAAAAACAUCUGACGGGGUGUUUUGUUAUAGCUAGACAGCGGAGAGAACUGGAGUGUUUUGUGAGCUUGAUACCUAUAGCCUAGUAGCUAGCUGAAUUUCGCUUAUCUGCCAACAUCGCUAAAUAUCCAUCUACAAAAAACGAUAAUCAAAUAACAAUUUAGGAUAUUCCAGAACGUUACGCGAGGGUUCGUGAUUCUAAAUUCCAAGCGCGUUAUUGCGUAACAUUGCCUACGAACAGGCACGCUAUCUAGCUAGCCAACUGACCCUGAGCUGGGUGGCUUGGUUUUCCCUUGCCUGUGACGUUAAACCUGCCAGCUAGGUAACAUUUGUGACGGGUAGCUAGCUAACGCCUGACAAUCACCACCACCCACCAUGUCCUCGGUGGAAGAGCGGGGAGAGGUGGGCGUCGCGGCCACCCCAGGCUCCUCCUCAGGCGGCCUGGGUGUUGUGGCGGUGGGGGCAGCCCUGGAGGCAGUCGUCGGGGGGCCGUCUAUGCUGGAGGAGGUGAGCAUCCGGAGAGGAGAGGGGCUCGGUCCCGAGUCGGAUCCGGACGAGCCGCCGCCCAAGAAGCGGAUGAGACUGCCGGAGGGAGAGUCGGGAAAGCUGGAAGAGAGGCUGUAUUCAGUCCUGUGCUGCACUGUAUGCCUAGACCUGCCCAAAGCCUCCGUGUAUCAGUGCACCAACGGUCACCUGAUGUGUGCUGGCUGUUUCAUCCACCUGCUGGCUGACUCUCGUCUGAAAGAGGAGCAGGCCACGUGUCCUAACUGCAGGUGUGAGAUCAGUAAGUCCCUGUGUUGUAGGAACCUGGCUGUAGAGAAGGCUGUGAGUGAGCUGCCCACAGACUGCCCCUUCUGUCUCAAACAGUUCCCUCGCUCCAGCCUAGAGAGGCACCAGAGAGAGGAGUGUCAAGACAGGGUGACACAGUGUAAGUACAAGCGGAUUGGCUGCCCGUGGAAGGGGCCGUUCCACGAGCUGCCGGCCCACGAGGAGGAGUGCUGCCACCCCACCAAGACUGGCACAGAGCUGAUGGGCAUCCUGGGGGAGAUGGACCAGAGCCACCGCAGAGAACUAACCCUUUACAACUCUAUAUUCUCCCUGCUCUGUUACGAGAAGAUUGGCUUCACAGGUAGGCUAGAGGUCCAGUUCCGGCCGUACCGCACCGAUGACUUUAUAACCCGUCUGUACUAUGAGACUCCUCGUUUCACCGUGUUGAACCAAACCUGGGUUCUGAAGGCCAGGGUCAACGACUCUGAACGCAACCCUAACCUCUCCUGCAAACGCACCCUCUCCUUCCAGCUCAUCCUCAAGAGCAAGGUGAACUCCGCUAUAGAGUGUUCCUUCCUGCUGUUGAAAGGUCCGUACGAUGACGUGAGGAUCAAGCCUGUGAUCCACCACCACGCGUUCAGCAACGACACCAACGAGACAGACUACGUCCCCCUGCCCAUCACCGACUCUGUGGAGUGUAACAAACUACUGGCUGCCAAGAACAUCAACCUUCGACUCUUCAUCUUCCAGAUCCAGAAAUAGACGGGGGGGGGGGGGGGGGGGAGAAAG